ACGCUUUACGGCAGGAGCGGCCAGAGAAGCCGACCUCCCCAAGAUGGCGUCGCCCUUCAGUGGAGUUUUGCAGCUGACCGACCUGGAUGACUACAUUGGACCCUCCCAGGACUGCAUAAAACCCAUCAAAGUUGACAAGAAGCCUGGAAAAGCCACGGCUAAGAUCCGCAUCGAAGACGACGGGACCUACGUCCAAGUGGAUCCGGAUGGCCAGUCGCACAAACUCGAAAAGGCCAAAAUCACCCUCAAUGACUGCUUGGCUUGCAGCGGCUGCAUCACCUCCGCCGAAAGCGUCUUGAUCACCCAGCAGAGCCAGGAAGAGCUCUUGAAAGUCUUGAAUGCCAAUAAGACAUCCGGUCCUGCUUCCCAGAAGCUGGUGGUAGUUUCUGUAUCUCCACAAUCCAGAGCUUCUCUGGCUGCAAGAUUUCAACUGACUCCUUUAGACACAGCCAGAAAACUGACUGCCUUCUUUAAAAGAUUAGGGGUGAAUUUCGUCUUCGACACAACUUUCUCCAGAAACUUCAGCCUGUUGGAGAGCCAGCGAGAGUUUGUCCAGCGCUUCCGGAGGCGAACGGAAGACAAAAAAGCUUUGCCCAUGUUAGCUGCUGCCUGCCCAGGCUGGAUCUGCUAUGCUGAAAAAACUCACGGGAGUUUUAUCAUCCCAUACAUCAGUACAGCCAAAUCGCCACAGCAAGUCAUGGGCUCCCUUGUGAAGAAUCACUUUGCCAAGCUUCAGAACGUGAGCCCUGACCAGAUCUACCACGUGACAGUGAUGCCUUGUUAUGACAAAAAGCUAGAAGCUUCCCGGCCAGACUUCUUUAUCCAUGAGCACCAGACCCGGGAGGUAGACUGCGUUAUUACAACAGGAGAAGUCUUAAAGUUAUUGGAGCAGGAGGGGACACCCCUUUCAGAAGUGGAUCCUGCCCCUUUGGAUAGCAUGUUUAGCAGUCUGUCCAAGGAUCAGUUCCUUCUGGGUCAUUCUGGAGGUGGUUCUGGGGGCUACUUGGAGCACAUCUACAAGUAUGCAGCAAAAGAACUUUUUGGGGUCCAUGUGGAAGAGAUUCAGUAUAAAACACUGAGAAACAAGGAUUUUCAAGAGGUGACACUAGAGAAGAAUGGGGAAACCCUCUUGCAUUUUGCCCUGGCGUACGGAUUUCGGAACAUCCAAAAUGUUGUGCAGAAGCUCAAGCGGGGAAAGUCUCCCUAUCACUACAUCGAGGUGAUGGCCUGUCCGUCAGGGUGUUUGAAUGGAGGAGGCCAGAUCAAAGGAGAAGGGGAAACCAGCAAAGAUCUCCUCCAGCAGGUGGAGAGGGCAUAUGAAUCAGUCCGACCUGAAGCCCCCGAGACAAACAGAGCUGUGACAGACCUCUAUGAGCAGUGGCUGGGCGGCCUUGCUUCAGAACGGACUCAAGAGACCCUCCACACACAGUACCAUGCGGUGGAGAGGGCAAAUACAGGGUUCAAUAUCAAGUGGUGACAAUGGACACAGGCGCAUCCCUCUGGAAGGCCUAAGAGUAUUGUGAGUCAAACUGUGGCCUUCAGAAUCCCUUUCGCUUCUCAGAAAGAGCUGGUGACAAAGGACAUACUUUUUUUUUAAAAUGGGCAAAUCUAUAGCAAAUACCAAUGAGUGCUAAAGCUCUGGAGAAGAGCUGAAUAAAGCUAACUGUGAUUUAAAAAGGGCAA